AGCGCGGAGGUAGGGCCGGGGCGGGCGGGCGGGGGGUUGUCCCGGUGCCUUCGUCCUCCCCCCUAAGCCCGCGACCCCCGCCACGAGCUUUGCAGCCCUGGUCCCCAGCCUGACAUGGCACCCGGGAAGCCCGGGAAGAGCACGGGGGCCUCAGAGGACCCCUCGGUUACGCUUUUCCGGGAGUACCUGAAGAUCGACACCGUCCACCCCAAACCUGACUAUGAUGCGGCCGUCCGGUUUCUGGAGCGUGUCGGCAUUGACCUGGGUUUGGCUUCCCAGAAAGUGGAGGUGUGCCAAGGCUGCGUGGUGCUGGUCCUGACCUGGCAGGGCACGAACCCCCGCCUGCGAUCCAUCCUCCUCAACUCCCACACCGAUGUUGUGCCCGUCUUUGAGGAGCACUGGACGUACCCACCCUUCGAGGCUGUUAAGGACUCGCAAGGCAACAUCUACGCCCGCGGUGCCCAGGACAUGAAGUGUGUCUCCAUCCAGUACCUCGAGGCCAUCCGGAGGCUGAAGGCGGAGGGAAAGUCUUUUCCCCGCACCAUCCACCUCACCUUUGUGCCUGACGAGGAGAUGGGUGGACACAAGGGCAUGGAGAUGUUCGUGCAGCGCCCCGAGUUCCGAGCGCUCAACGUGGGCUUCGCCCUGGAUGAGGGCCUGGCCAGCCCAUCCGACAACUUCAGCGUCUUCUACGGCGAGAAGAGCCCAUGGUGGGUAAAGGUGAAGUGCGUGGGCAGCCCCGGGCACGGGUCCCGCUUCAUCAGCAACACGGCGGCUGAGAAGUUGCACAAAGUCAUCAACUCCUUCCUGACCUUCAGGGAGAGCGAGAAGCAGAGGCUCAAGUCCGACUCAAGCCUGACCCUAGGGGACGUCACCUCGCUCAACCUGACCAUGCUGGAGGGGGGCGUCUCCUUCAACGUGGUGCCCUCCGAGAUGGCGGCCGGCUUCGACAUCCGCAUCCCACCCACCAUGGACCUGAAGGCCUUCGAGGAGCAGGUGGCCGCGUGGUGCCGGGGUGCUGGGGACGGUGUCACCUAUGAGUUUAUCCAGAAAUGCAUGGACCAACAUGUCACCUCCACCGAGGAGUCGGACCCGUGGUGGAAAGCCUUCAGCGGGGUCUGCAGGGACAUGAAGCUGCAGAUCAAGCUCGAGAUCUUCCCUGCUGCCACCGACAGCCGCUACAUCCGAGCGGCAGGACACCCCGCUAUCGGCUUCUCGCCCAUGAACCGCACCCCGGUGCUGCUCCACGACCACAACGAGUUCCUCAAUGAGCAAGUCUUCCUGCGGGGCAUCGACAUCUACGCCCGCCUCCUGCCCGCCCUGGCGUCGGUGCCCCCGCUGCCCGCCGAGGCCUGAGCACGGGGACGAGGGGCAGGACGGGGGGUGGGGGUGGGGGUGGUUGCUGAGCAGCGGGACGCAGGGCUUUAAAAAGGGGGCAGGGGGUGGGCACAGCAAAUGCCUGCCGGUGUGCCAGGGACCCAGCUGGCAUCAUGCCACCUUGGCUGCGCUCAGGGCUGGCUCGACGGUGACGCCUGUGCCAAGUGUCCCGGCUUUGCCCUCGAAAUCUGGGUCCUAGCCACCCUCCUCCGGGGGUUGUGUCCCCCCUUGCCUGGGUGCCUCCUGCCUUUCCCGGUGUUGUCAAUGCCCCCCGAGCCGUCCCCGUGCCACCUCCGGCUGUGCUGGCUGCAGGGUAAGGGGCUGGCCAGUGCCCUGCUCUGCCUGCCCCUGCCUGUCCUGCCUGCUUGCGGGGGGAGCUGGGAGCAGUGUCCCCCAUCCUCCCCGUGCAAGUCAAUAAAUCUCCUUAGUAAGCACG